AUGGCGACUCACGAAGCUGAAAAGGGACCCUACAACCACGACGGCUCGCCUGCGUCGCUCGAGCGCGCACACUCCCACGAUGAGCUCGUUAACGAGGACCGCCUCCGCCGCUCCCUCUCUGCGCGUCAGGUCCAGAUGAUAGCCAUCGGCGGCACCAUUGGCACUGGUCUGUUUCUCGGCACAGGCAAAGCGCUCGCAACAGGCGGGCCUGCAUCGCUCCUCAUCUGCUACAGUAUCGUCGGCGCCAUUGUGUACAGCACCAUGCUCGCUCUCGGCGAGAUGGCGGCUUUCGUGCCGGUCGCAGGGUCGUUCUGUACUUUUGCUGGACGCUAUGUGGACGACGCAUUUGGAUUCGCGCUGACGUGGAAUUACUGGUUCAACGACGCGGUGAGCACGGCGGCCGAUUUGGUGGCGCUGCAGUUGCUCGUGCAGUACUGGACUGAUUAUUUUCCGUGGUACGCGCUGGGAAUCAUUGUGUGGGUGUUGAUUGUACUGGCCAACAUCAUCAACGUGAAAGCGUACGGUGAGCUGGAGUACUGGCUGAGUUUGUUGAAAGUGGUGACCAUCAUCAUCUUCAUCAUCUUGAGCAUCGCCGUCAACGCAGGUGGAAACAUCGGGUAUGGAUACAUCGGCGGCAAGUUCUGGAUGCCGGGUGAUGCGCCGUUUGUUGGAGGUAUUGGAGGAUUUGCGUCCGUCUUCGUCACCGCAUCGUUCGCGUACGGAGGGACCGAGUCCAUUGCUAUCACGGCGGGCGAGACCAAGGACCCCGCAAGGACAAUGCCGAAAGUAGUUAGGAACGUCUUCUGGCGAAUUCUCCUGUUCUACAUCCUGUCAGCACUGAUGAUCGGCCUGAACAUUCCCUACGACUACCCUGGCCUGAACACCAAGUCGAGUCGCACUUCGCCAUUCACCAUUGCCUUCCAGAUGGCCGGGUCCAAGGCCGCAGGGUCGUUUGUCAACGCGGUCGUCCUCACCAGUGUAGUCUCUGCAGGCAACCAUGCGCUCUAUGCUGGGUCAAGACUGCUAUACACACUGGGCGCCAACGGCCAUGCACCGAAGGUCUUUACCAAGCUGACGCGCUACCAGAUUCCCUGGGUUGCGGUGCUCACGACGAGCUUAGUCUCCAUCGUCCUCUUUUCUCUGUCUUUUGCAGGGUCUGGCGAGGUCUGGACGUGGCUGCAGAACAUUGUCGGCGUAUCGAACCAACUCAGCUGGGUGUGUAUUGGCAUUGCGUCGCUGCGGUUCCGCGCUGGACUGAAGGCCCAAGGCAAGGAGCACCUGCUGCCGUUCAAGAACUGGACGUAUCCAGUCGGGCCCAUACUCUGCAUUGUGCUGAACAGCUUCAUCAUCCUGGUCCAGGGCUGGUCAUCGUUCAGCCCGAGCUUUGGUGCGGUGGACUUUGUCAGCUUCUACCUCGAGCUGCCGGUCUUCUUUGCGAUGAUAGUAGUGUGGAAGCUAGUUAAGAAGACCAAGUUCCGAAAGGCACAGGAGAUGGACCUCGAGACGGACGUGUACACCAAGGAGGAUAUAGGGCCGGAGACGAAGAGCUGGAGAGAGACGGGAAAGCGCAUCGGCACGUGGUUCUGCUUCUAG